ACACACACACACAAGAACUGAUGAGGAGUUUUCAGCUUUGCUCCUCUUCGCGUCAUGCGAGUUUUUAGGUAAAUGAAGACACACAGCCCGAAAAAGAACUAAAACAAAGUUAUAAUGACAAUGUGACAGCCAAGCGGACACGUAACUCUUGUUCAAAUUGCGACGCCGAAACAUUUAGUCGCGAGUCCGCGCUAUUGAAGAAGCCAUGGAGCCGAUAACCAAGUGGACGCCAAAGCAAGUUGUAGACUGGAUGAAAGGUUUGGAUGACAGCUUACAACAGUACGUGGGCAACUUUGAGCGGGAGAAGAUCAGUGGAGAACAGUUACUGAAGAUCACACACCAAGACUUGGAAGAGCUUGGUGUGGCCAGGAUUGGACACCAGGAGCUGGUGCUGGAGGCUGUUGAUCUGCUAUGUGCUUUGAACUAUGGUGUGGAGACAGACAACUUGAAGAACCUGGUGGUGAGGAUGAGAGCAGCCACCAACAGUCUCCACAUGGCCACAUCUGAGCGCAGGAAGAGCCCGGUGUAUGAUGGCAGCGCCUCACGCAAGCCACCCAAUGACUUUCUCACAUGUGUGGUGGAGCUAAUUGGUGCUGCAAAGAGCCUCCUGGCUUGGCUUGACCGGACGCCUCUCACAGGGAUCAGUGACUUCACAGCCACCAAGAACAAGAUCAUUCAGCUGUGCCUGGAGCUCACCACCACAGUUCAACAGGACUGCUGUGUUUAUGAGAUGGAAGAAAAGAUCCUAGAAGUUUCUAAGAUUUUAAACAACAUCUGCGAUCAGACUGUGAGAACCACCUCUGACCCCUUGAUGAGCCAGUCUGCCUGCUUGGAGGAAGUCCAGCUGACCAAUAUCAAACCGGGUGAAGGACUGGGAAUGUAUAUUAAGUCGACAUACGAUGGGUUGCAUGUCAUUACUGGAACUACAGAACAUUCUCCUGCUGACCUGACCAGGAAGAUCCAUGCUGGUGAUGAAGUGAUUCAGGUCAAUCAACAGACAGUGGUGGGUUGGCAGCUGAAAAACCUAGUAAUCAAACUGAGGGAGGAUCCCAAAGGUGUGUUCCUCCUCUUAAAGAAGCGACCCACAGGAACAACAGGUUUUACCCCCGCCCCUCUGAAGAACAUGCGCUGGAAGCCUCCUGUACCUCAGAGCAAUUCCUCUUUGAUCCGAGCCCAGUCUCCCUGUAGCUCAGCUAAUAGAUCAACAAAAAAGGAGAAACCAGCCAUCCUUGAUUUUUACAUCCCACCUCCCCCUCAAAUGCCGUACACUCCAAGAGAGGGAAGAACAGAUACUGUCUCUAGCUUUAGUCCAAGGCCAAAAGGCUCUGAGUCACCCAACUCCUUCCUGGACCAGGAGAGUAGGAAACGCUGCACCAUCACAGACUAUGACAAACUAAGUGUCGGCUGUCCAAUUGAAGCUAAUGUGAUCCAACCCAGAAUGAGGGAGCACAAGCCUUCUCGUGGUAAGCCCCGGCCGCUCUCCAUGCCUGUGGAUACUUGUGUUGCAAUUGUAGAUCCCUUUGCUAAGCCGUGGACUCAGAACAGGAAAGGUGAGGACCUCCUGUACAGAUACCUGAGCAAUGAGAGGAUCCCCACCAUAGCCGAGGAAGUGGCGUCAGCGUCUCCGCCCACCUACAUGCCUAGCGGGGAGCGCCGACUUGUCAGAGUGGACCACAUACGAGGCAGCCGCUACUACUCAAACUCCGACCUCCACAACAGCGCCACCAUCCCCUACCAGGAGGAUGUCAAGAAAGCCCCAGUAGCUGCGGUCUCCAAGCACACAACGCCCGAACGUUCGCUACUGGUCAGUUGGAUCACAAGACUUAAACUGUUGACUCACUGAUGAUCCACUUCCUGUUUGGGGCUUCCUGUUCCCGUUUCCUUCCUUGGUGCCUUUGAUUGUUUUUUUUGUUGUUGUUUUUUUUGGGUUUUUUUUGUUUUUUUUAUAUAAAUAUAAAGUCCGGCUGUUUUUUGGCAGAAGCUUGUGGCUCUCUUGCACUCUCUUGCCAACUCUGUUUCCCUGUUGUUGCCUACUACUACCAACCACUACUCAUCCACCAACCCUGCUUUUGUAGUACUGUACUUACUACAUUACAUCAUCGCCCCUUUUAACAACAACUAAAUCUCAUCUCAACCGCAAGAGGAUCGGUUUGUUCAGGUUUGGACACUUUGCUGUCUAUGAACUCCACUGUACAUAUUAAGUUAUGUCUUUGCCCAGUAUUACUUUUGUCAUGUUCUUAUUUUUGUUCAAUUUACAUAUAUAUAAAUUAUAAAAUAAAGCAAGGAACUCAAACAGCGUUUCUUUGUUAAUGCAACUGUGCAUGUUUGUUUUUAGAUUACUUUUGUGAUUAGUUAGCUUCUAUAUAAUGUUUGUCUGCCGAUGGUUGCCUCUAGUAAGCUAUGCAUAUCCUUACAAUAAGAAUGUCACUUAAGUUGACGUCGCUGCCUCAGUUGGUGAAAGGAUGUUUUCAUUGCUGUCACUAACAAAUAUUUGUUUGGUUUUAAAGCUACGCGCACGACUGAGUGCAGUCUUUUAUAUCCUGCUUCAGUUUACACUGCAAUUAGGGGCCUAUCCAUGCAGCUGGAUAACCGUAAUAACAGGCCUUUUUAAAACCAGGGUGUUACUGUUGAACCAAUCUUUUUUUUUUUUAAUCCACACAGGUCAAAUGACCUGCUAUGGAAAGACUGCAGAUCACACCAGACAUUAUUGUUUAAAAGUUCUGAACUCCGAGGAAAUUUCCGUUAUUGCUUGAUGUGCCCUUUUGUAAAUUUUGCAUAGCGUUUUAUUAAAAAGUGCAGUUUGUUUCAGUCA